AUGGCUUCCACCAUAGCACCUCCUCCAGGCUGUGGCAACAUUGACCCUGACUACUAUUUCCUCUGUGAUGUUUGUGCAGCCUGGGGCAUCGGCUUGGAAACUCUGGCUGCUGCAGGCAUUCUGGCCUCCCUGGUCCUUCUGAUGGCAUUCUUUGUUCUUAGCUGGAUGGUCAAAGAUGAAAACAAGAAAAACAUGAUUCCUAUCCAGUUUCUCUUCAUCCUGGGCACCCUGGGAAUCUUUAGCCUCACAUUUGCUUUCAUCAUUCGACUCAAUGAGAAAACUGGCCCCAUACGUUUCAACUCAUAUGGAGUCCUCUUUGCCCUUUGCUUCUCCUGCCUUCUGACCCAUGCAUCCAACCUCACCAAACUGGUGAGAGGAAGGUCGCCCCUCUCCAAGCUAUCAAUGCUGAUAUAUGCCAUUGGCCUCACAUUCAUUCAGAUUAUCAUAGCUGUGAAAUACACCGUUAUCACAGUAGGAAGAGAUGGCAUAGAUGUGGCCAAAAUGCGGAGAGAACAGCGCAACAAGGACUUUGUCAUGCUCCUGAGCUAUGUGUUUGUGCUAAUGGUCUUCUCCUUCAUUGUCUCCAUGUUCACUUCCUGUGGACCAUACAAGGGCUGGAAGAGACAUGGGAUGCACAUCUGUAUCACUCUCCUUUUCUCCAUAGCCAUUUGGAGUUCAUGGAUCAGCAUGUUGCUCUUGAGUGGCAUCUCUUCUGAUGGGAAUCAAAGCCAGUGGGAUGACCCCAUUCUUAGUGUUGCUUUGGUGGUCAAUGGAUGGGUCUUUCUCAUGAUGUAUACAGUACCUGAGAUCUGCUUCCUUGCUAUCCCACACCAGCCUGAAGAUUACCCUUCAGAAGAGAUUCCCUGGAAGUCUACAGGCAGACAACAGAGUGUUGAAGCAGCAAGUACUCAAGCUCCAGAUAAAGAAGGAGCUGAAGAAGAUGUUUUGUUCCCCCCAAAUGGAACUGGCUCCCAACCAAAGACAGAUCACUGUCGAAUGAAAUUUGGGCUUCAGAUACAACUCCCCCUCUGCAGGAGUACAGGACCAAUUAAAAAGAAACCGGACCCAAGUCAAUUCAGUUUCUGUCAUGGCACAAAAACAGCCUUGAUUGCUCUGUUGGAUGGCCUGUACUGGGCACACCUUAGGGCCAGUGGAAAACUUCAGCUGGCCAUAGAUUCAGAUAUGAAUAAUUUGGUAUCAUCUAUGAACUUGGCCAGUUCACAGCUUGCCCCCGAUUUCAUAUCAUUUAUAGAUGAAUUAAAUACCGACCCCGAUGCAUUUCCUGGGAAGCCCACCGCUUACUUCCCUGAAUUAACCUGCUUGAAAGUACAACUUUUCUUCUUAGCACGUUUUCGAUCCAGUUUUGAGGGGAAGAACGGGGGUCCAAUCUUUGUUUAA